CUGUCACGCAAUCUCGCAGCUAUUAUCAUCGCGUCCAAAAUGGCGGACGCUUUAAAAAUCGUAUCGGAGUUUGCUCUAUCUGUUGACUUCAGCACUGACAAACUGGGACCGGAUUUCAUGUGGUUUAACCCUCCGCCGAAAUGGCAGAUGAAAUUCCACGGGGACUCUGGGGGAAUGAAAGUCGUGCCGAGAGGCAAGACAGAUUUCUGGCGAAGAACAUACUACAAACCAGAACUAAUAAAAGACAACGGGCAUUUGCUCCACCUCAUUGUCAAGCAGGAGAUGUGCAUAAUAGAAACGUCAUUUGAUUUGACAGCUGUCAAUCAGUUUGACCAGGCAGGUAUUAUGAUCAGAAUGGGAAACGAACGUUGGAUGAAAAUUGGUCUUGAAUUUGUGGACGGAACAUACCGAGCAAGCUGUGUUGUCACAAACAAAUAUAGUGACUGGUCCACUCAAGAUUGGCAUGAUGGCAAGCUAGCGCUGCGAAUACACAAGAUCUGUGACGAUUAUGUGAUUGAAUGCAAGCCUCGUGCCGGUAGCAAUGACCAGUGGAAGUUCAUACGUAUAACUCACAUGGACUCAGGAGGUCACCCAAUCCAAAUAGGCCUUUACUGCUGUGCCCCCACAGGUGAAGGGAUGGACGUAGUCUUCGACAAAUUCACGAUACAUUCAUCUGACGGAAGACACCCUCAUAAUAAUAAUGCGUAGAUAUGUUGCGCUACCACAGGCUUCCCACCCUCCUUGCUAGGCACUAAGAAUGUAGCCUAAAAACGUCUGCGAGGGAGGCUACCGUAAAUGCGGCGUGGUCAUAACUACAUUCACGCAAAUAGUAUCUGAGUUAUAUUUCUGUUCUCUUGUUAAUGAAACAGACAUAGCUGGGAUCAGGGGCGGAUCCAGGAAUUCAAAAUGGGGGGUGGAUGAUCGCCGGAUAGACGGCUUAUAACUGAUCAAGUGGUUUUUUGGUAGGUCACUUAGAUAUAACAAUACUACACGCUGAAUUGGAUUUGUCGCGUCCGCAAAUUGAAGCAGGCGAAGGAAAAUGGACAGCACCUCCCGUCCCUCAGACAUUUAUUUUCAUCAAACAAAGUGACUUUUCAAUUUUUUUUACUCAGAAUGGGGGUUUCCGCCCAAUCCACCCCCCACUGUAUCCGCCCCUUGGGAUGCAAAUGUGUCUGUCUUUGGUGAUGUUUCUUCCCUAAAAGCUAUAAAACAAAUGUGUGUUUUAGUGGCUCUGAAAUGAAAACUAAAAUAAAUCGCUGUAAGCACGUAGUUGGGGAUGUAGUAAAACUAUAAAAGGAUAUAUUUACACCCCAACUAUUUUUCUUUUAAGAUUAUGGAGAUAUUUUCUCAACCUUCAAGCGCGUUCAGGUUGAAGGGGGAGGGGGGGCACCCUCUAGCUAAGCGCCUAACCUUUCCUUACGAAAGUAGGAAGCUUUUGGUGUAAGGCCCAGGCCAAACGAGGACACAUGUUGCCGGGACAGUGAAGAAACAUGGGCGCGGAUUAACAUUUUUUUCAGGCCACACGUGUCCUCGUUUGGCCAGGACCUAACGCAUAAGUUCCUAGUUAGACCCUUGGCCGCCCAGAAAGCGUUGGUUAUUCACAAAGAAUGAUCAGGUUUUGCAAUUCUGAAAAAAAAAUCGUACAAAAAGGCACGGGAAGAGAAGUAUCACAAAGUUAUCAAAUGUAAA